GAGUGGCCGGAAUUCGGAGUCGCUGCGUUCUAAGAUUGGAGGAAAGCUCGACGAGAUAGGAGAAGACAUCACCUCCUCCUCUCCCAGAAGUCACGACAACAGCAAUUCAGAAACGCAACAGCUGGAUGAGCAUCUUUUUCUGCGCGGACUGGCAGUCUGAGUUCCCGAAAGGAGUGCUGGAAGAAGAGAACAGGGACUCUGCAACAAGGCUCUCGUCCUGAACUAGCCCUGGAUGUCAGGAUUUCAGGAUUUCGCUCACUGCCCGGUGUCCAGGCCUUACUUUGGCCCGUCCCACUUUUUCAAUACUCCUUUACAUUCUGGGAUCAAGAAGCUUGUUAGUGAUUCCUGAGCCUCAGAUGGCCUCAAAAAAUCACCUUCUGAAACUUUUUUCCAGUGCUGAUAAUUUGGACUUUCAAAAUAACAAAGUACCGUAUCCGAUGAUUUUCGGGUUUUCCCUAAUUACUUUGGUAAUCCUGAAAAUUAUGCCUGAACAUAACACAUAUGCUUAUCGACCAGUGGAAGAUCAGCUCUGCUUCUUCUUUUUCAUCUCUUGAAGAAAAGUCCCAAAAGAACCAUUUAACAAUUUGCACAUUUCAUGCGUACACAUUUUUUUUAUCAUGGCUUACUUCCAUAAAAAAUAUUAAAUAAGCUUUUACUUAUGUUGUCAUUUCUUAGCAUACUGAGAGGAACAUAAUUGUAAAAUCAUCCUCCCUCUUGAAGUUGACAACAUUGAAUUCUAUAAACUCCAAAAUUAUGGAAUCAGGAGAUUGGGUUCUAACACCUGUUUUACAUUGGCCAACAUUUAAUGUAAUUAUGGCCUCUGUUUUCUAAUGUGAAAUUCAAAGCUAAUAUUUUUCAUUUUUGUUAAUCUUCACAAUCUGCUGCCCAACUCUGAACUCUGAAUUUAUUGUGGAUAAUAUUCAACACCUGGAAGAGUUACCAGGGGAGUCAUCUGAUCUUAUAUAAAUGUUGCCCUAACUCUGCCUUUCUUCCACACUGUUGCUUAAGACUUCUUUAUCUGGUUUCAUCUUUCUUCUAUGAGUCAGCAACCAAAACUAACCCCUGAUCUGCAAUAAUAUCCUGAUUUUAAAGAACCUGGAAAUUCAGGGACCGUCAGUCGCCCAAGCUACCUGGUCCUGUAGACGGGAAGGAGCCUGGACACAGUGACACAUUCUCAAAGGCCCUGCAGGACCACCAUGGCUUAUGAUGACUCCGUGAAGAAAGAAGAUUGCUUUGAUGGUGAUCACAGCUUUGAGGACAUAGGACUAGCAGCUGGCCGCAGCCAACGAGAAAAGAAACGUUCUUACAAAGAUUUUUUAAGGGAAGAGGAAGAAAUUGCCGCUCAGGUCAGGAAUUCUUCCAAGAAGAAGUUAAAGGAUAGUGAAUUUUACUUCUUGGGGACGGACACGCACAAGAAGAAGAGGAAGCACUCCUCUGAUGAUUACUACUAUGGAGAUAUUUCGUCUUUGGAAUCGUCACAGAAGAAAAAGAAAAAGUCCAGCCCUCAACCUGCUGAUACAGCUAUGGACCUGUUGAAAGCUAUCACUUCCCCACUGGCGACAGGCUCCAAGCCCUCCAAAAAGACAGGGGAAAAGUCCUCCAGUUCUUCAAGCCAUUCAGAGAGUAAAAAGGAACACCACAGGAAGAAAGUGAGUGGAAGCAGUGGGGAGCUGUCUCUGGAGGAUGGUACUUCCCACAAAUCCAAAAAGAUGAAACCGCUCUACGUGAACACAGAGACGCUGACCCUCCGCGAGCCUGACGGUUUAAAGAUGAAACUCAUUCUCUCACCAAAGGAGAAGGGGAGCAGCUCCGUUGACGAGGAGCCUUUUCAGUACCCCUCUCAACAAACGGCUGUGAAAAAAUCCUCUAAGAAGUCAGCUCGGGAUGAGCAAGGUGCUUUACUCCUAGGACACGAGCUCCAGAGCUUCCUGAAAACAGCCCGGAAGAAGCACAAGUCGUCCUCAGACCCACACUCAUCUCCUGGCCCUGAAGGCUGUGGGUCUGAUGCCUCCCAGUUCCCAGAGUCCCACAGUGCUAACCUGGACCUUGCAGGCCUUGAACCUAUUCUCGUGGAGUCAGACUCGUCCUCUGGUGGGGAGCUGGAGGCUGGGGAGUUAGUGAUCGAUGAUUCUUACCGGGAAAUCAAGAAGAAGAAGAAGUCAAAGAAGAGCAAGAAGAAGAAGGACAAGGAGAAGCAUAAAGAGAGGCGGCACUCCAAGUCCAAGAGAAGUUGGGGCCUUUCUGCUGCAGCAGUGGGGGAGCCCACAGUGACGCCUGGCCCUCCUCCCAGCAGCCCCUACGCUGGAGCAGCUGCCCCUCCUCCAGCGCUUCCUGGCCUCCACGCAGAUGGGCACAGUGAGAAAAAAAAGAAAAAGGAGGAGAAGGACAGAGAGAGAGAGAGAGGAGAAAAGCCAAAAAAGAAGAACAUGUCGGCCUACCAGGUGUUCUGUAAAGAGUAUCGUGUGACCAUUGUGGCUGACCAUCCGGGUAUCGAUUUUGGGGAACUUAGUAAAAAACUGGCUGAGGUGUGGAAGCAAUUGCCAGAAAAGGACAAACUAAUUUGGAAGCAGAAAGCUCAGUAUCUGCAACACAAACAGAACAAAGCAGAAGCUACCACAGUGAAGAGAAAAGCCUCCAGCUCAGAAGGGGCCGUGAAAGUGAAAGCUUCCUCUGCAGGAGUACUGUCACCCCAAAAGAAGUCCCCGCCCACCACCAUGCUGUUACCAGCCUCGCCAGCCAAAUCGCCUGAGACAGAGCCCAUUGAUGUUGCUGCUCAUCUGCAGCUGUUGGGAGAGUCGCUAAGCCUCAUUGGACACCGCCUGCAGGAAACUGAGGGCAUGGUGGCUGUGUCGGGCAGUUUGUCCGUGCUUCUGGAUUCCAUUAUCUGUGCGCUUGGCCCCUUGGCGUGUCUGACCACACAACUACCUGAAUUGAAUGGCUGUCCCAAACAAGUCUUGUCAAACACAUUAGACAACAUUGCUUACAUCAUGCCUGGACUGUGACAGCAAAGAAUCAUGGGAUAGAAAACUUACUGACCCAUUGCUGGUUCGUGUAUAUAUAUAUAUGACUGUUCCAGAUCCUUCACUGGCCUCUGGGUGUAGGUUUUAAAUUUUUAUAUAUAUACAUAUAUAUAUAUAUAUAUAUAAUGUAUAAUAUAUACAUAGGACUGUAACUACUUUGCUUUUAAUAAUUUUAUGAAAUGGCAAAGGUUUAGCCAAGAGGAAACCUUGGCAUGAAUAUGGGCUUGGGAUUCUCUUUUCUCCUGUGGUGGAUAAAUCUGCCUUAAAAAUCAGUGUAACUUGGGGGCUGGAGGCUUGUUCUGGGUGCCAAGGGCAUCUCUUUAGGACAGCUAAAAUGUAAUUUUUUUCCAAACUCAGUUGUACCUCCAGACCCAUCACUGACCAUUUGCCUUACCUGUCUUACAGUCUGAAAUGUAAUAGGAAAGAUUAUGGGAAGAUGGCCAGUUGACUGAAAGUACAAAGCCUUUGAACUUGAAGUGACCUAGGUGGGAAGUGACAGAAUCGUUCCCAUCUUACAGUUAGUGCAAUGGCUUCGGUGAACUUAAUAGGGGGUUCAUUCCAAUUCCUGCUAUACAGGUGUCCAUGUCUCAAAAUUUAUUGUAAUCAUUGGUACCAUUGGCGGCCUCAGUAGGGGCCAAGGAGUUACGUGAGCCCUGGCAGCGUAAACACCUUGGAGAGGUAAAGCUGUCAGUGCCACCAGCUGAACUGCGUCUCUGGUGAGCUGACCUAGAGUAUCGGCUCUGCAGUGCUGAGAGCUGGUGUCUUCCAUGGGCAGUGCUAGUUAGCCACCGAGCCCUCGCAGCUUCUGCUGCUUAGCUGCUUGGUGUUGUGGAAGAUGAACUUUGCCCGGUUGAUUCUUGGGUUCAUCUUUUUGGCUCUCUUGGUGGGCAAAUACACAGUGUUCUGCAUUCCACACAUAAGUGAAUUGCAAAAAAGUACUCAAUUCUCAUGUAAGUUUAUUUAUGUGCGCGUGUGAAUGUGUGUUUUAAUUAUGUGUAUUUAACUCUUUAAAAUCUCUUAGAUUUUAAUUUAUCCUGUAAAUUUCUGUAUAUAUAAUUUAAUAACAAAAGCCUCCACCAGCAACAGCGUGUGGAAGAUACAGAUUUGUCAUUCCUUCCUUCUUUCCUUGCCUCCUCUGGUCUCCUCUGAAAACUCCAAAUCAUCUACAUUUUAAGGUAUCGUGCCUCAAAAAGGAAUCAUUAUGUCAGGAUUCUAAAUCUUUAUAAUUCAAUAAUGUCAAGAAAGUAAAAUAAAAAGGAAUGCUACCAUUCCCAGUCGCCCUUAUUUCCAAAGAACCAGACUUUUGCUUCCCAGUUCCGAAGAAGACUUCAGGCUUGUUUGUAAAUUUGCUGUGAGAUGCCCUGCCUGAACCAAGCCCUGGGCCAACCACCUUCUUCCCCUGGCCUAGACACCACUGCGCAUCAAAGUAGAUCCCUGAGGACAGUGCGGCCAGCCUGCCUCCUGUUUAAUUCCUUCCCGCUCCCCACCAGUGUGAUCACGGGGCUGUGUUUCUUAAAUGUAUUCUGACUGCUGAAUGAAUGCCUUUCUCAGCUCAGAGCAGUUUGAGAUUUAAUUGGGGAAACAGAAAGAAACAGGAAUGUUUGGGAACCAAAACCAAGAAGAGCAGAAAUCUUGGUCUGAUUUCGUGUUAGAACCUGUACCACCCCUCAUCUGUACCCAUGGAAGUUUCCUGUUUGACACAGGCAUCAAGGAGGGGCCUUGAAGACAUGGAUUAGUACAGAAGGAAGUCAGUCCUACCCUUGUCAUUUGUACACAUUAAUGAAAUCCCGACGAGGACCUGCUUUUUGUUUGUUUUCCUUUAAAAUCAAACCCUAUUGUAUUUGUAUUUAAGGUUUGUACACAUUUGUAUAAUAAUCUGUAUCUUGUGGUAUUUGGUACUAUUAGAGGAAAAACUUUGGAUUCAGACCUUCUUGCAGUUUUUAUAUCAUUGUUUUAUUUUGUUUUUUAAAUAAAUUCUAGCAGUUUGAUCCAAAUCCCAUUACAGUUGUAUAAAGAAAUAAAAUUUUGUACUUAUAUUAUUAAAAAUCACAUUUUUAAUA